AUGAAUGAUAUGCCAGUGAAUGUCCCUGUGGACAAUCCUAACGCUGACACAGAAUGGAACGACAUACUCCGCAAACACGGCAUCAUUCCGGAAAAGCCACCGGACCCAGAGCCAAUAAUCCAAGAAGCUCUGAUCGAAGCGGCCAAACGCGCCCAUGAGAACCGACUGGAUGACAAGGACCUUGACGAACUCAACGACCUCGAGGACGAAGAGGACGAAUUAUUCCUCGAACAGUAUCGGAAGCAACGACUUGCCGAGCUCUCCACGCUGCAGAAGAAGAGCGUCUACGGCCAGGUAUACCCGCUGCAGAAACCGGACUACUCGAGGGACGUGACCGAGGAGAGUUCCAAAGCGUAUGUGCUGGUGAAUCUGACAUCGCCGCUGGGCACGAAUGUCGAGUCGCGGGUUUUGACCGAAUUGUGGCGUCAGCUCGCGGUCAAGUUCGGCGACAUCAAGUUCUGCGAGAUCCGUGCGGAUCUGUGUAUUGAAGGUUAUCCGGAGCGGAACACACCUACUAUUCUCAUCUACAAAGACGGCCAGAUCAAACGACAGCUUGUCACAUUACAGCAACUGAAUGGUGUGCGUACAAAUCAGCGAGAUAUUGAAAGCGUCCUCCUCGAAAUUGGUGCUGUGGCGGAGAACGAUGUCCGGUUGAAGCACAAAGAGAGCGACGAGGGUCUGAAUGCAAAGAGAGGAAAGGACGAAAGUGACGACGAUGACGACUGGGACUGA